AGAAGAAAACAAAACAGAAGUCGAGGACUGUGAAGAAGGUGGAUUUGUUGGGAAUAGACCCUUGCGGUACGAGAGAAAGAGAGCAAAAGGAUGUGUUUGCUGCACCUCUGUAAUCUCGCGCCGAAGAUGCCCGCCCGCGCACGGUGAAUAGUUGGACGAUCUCUCUUCCAUUUUGGACAAAAACUCUCUACACACUGACGGGGUUUGUGGUUAGAUCCAGCGGGAGAGAGAGAGAGCGACACCGAGCGAGCGAGAGGGCGAGAGAGAGCCAGAAAGCGAGAAGGGUGUGCUUUGAUGGCACUGGCGUGCAUUGUCAGCAAUUGGAGGGCGGGGAGAUGAUGUCAGACUGCUAACAUGUUUUGUUUUGUUCCUGUUCGGGGUCUCGUUGUUCUCUCUGCCAGCCUGGUUGGUGCUUGCUGCGUUGGCUUCGAUCGGGUGUGGCGAUGCUGAUGAUGGAGAUGGAGACGGUGAUAGUGUCGAUGCAGGUGGGAGGUAAAGGCCAGAGGUGAGAGAGAGAUUCAGCGAUGGUGUCAGGGUGUGCUGUGUAGGUCACACAUGAUUUCGGCAUCACGACGAGGGGCUGUGAGUGAUUUGGUUAGAUUUUGGAUUUUGAGGAUUGAUGCAGGAGGUGAUUGAGAGUUGGGUUGGAGUGAGUGUGCAUUGGAAGGAUGGAAGGCAGUGAGAGUAGAGAUCUAGGGGAGCGGGGUUUGUGAGGUUUUGAAAGUGGAAGUGGGGUCUCUAUCGUGGAGGAUCGAGAGGUGAAGGGGCAGACGGAGACGGAGUCGGUAGGGAGGGAUGGGGUCUAGGGCAGGGAGCAGGCUUCCCUUCCUUAUUGUGUCGCAUGAAGCGGUGGUCGUGAGAGCGGAGGAAUGGCUCACUAUGAAAAAGGAUUCCAAGUAUGGAGACAACUUUGCGGAGAAGCGCAUGCGAGGUGCGGCCAGGCUUGCGAGAGUGGAGAAGGGCGAGUCAAGCUCCAGUGUCGCAGGGCCGCUCGGUCCUUCCGCCGCCGCCGCCGCCGCCACCGCCAAGCUUCUUGACGUGGAGAUGUUGUCAGAGGAUACUUCACAACCCUUAUCCCCGUCUUACAAGCUCGAUGAUAUUGAUAGAGAUGGAGCUUCUGAUCAAAGCACGAGCCAUGUGCUGGAAAGACCACCGCCAGCUCUGGCUGCUCUCUUGGAUGAAACCCUUGUAAGCUUCAGAGAGCAGUACGAGCUCUACCUUCGGACGGCGGAGUGCCUCCACGUUCUAUGUGAGCAUCGAACCGAAAAUACUUUUCCCCAUGAUCUGGCGGCUGAACCUGUUAUCAUUCUUGGCACGCCUCAAACUCUAAUGACCGCCACAGGAAGCGCCAGAAUGAUCCUUCGUGAUUACAAGAGUGGCAUGUUAGAUCUUCACAUAAAGACGAGGCAAGCGGAGCUUGACUACUAUAUGGAUUGCUUGGCCUGCGCACCAGCCGUGCUAGAGGAGAAAGUGAAUUUAUGCUUUCCGAGUGCAAUGAUCACCGAGGACGAGGCAGACAGGGCUUCUGUCGAUGACAUUAUCAAUAUACGCAAAGAAUGGAACAACCGGGUUGUGGAUGAAUUUAGCGACAAAGCGUUGUCGGUGCAAAUCGACGUCGCAUCCAUGUACUCUGACACCAGCAUCCGCAUUGUGGCUGAUUUGCUCAAGAAGCGGCGUGAGGAAGAACGACUGGCGCUUAUGCCACUGCAAGACCGCAUCUGGAGUGGGCUGCCCGAGGAUUUGAUUGACAGGACUCUUGCAUGCCUGCCAGUUCCAAGCUUCUUCCGUUUUCGUUCCGUGUGUAAGCGCUGGAAUACUCUCCUCAAGACUAAUUCUUUUCUUGAGCUCUGGUCUGAUGUCGUGUCCCAGCAGCUCUGGCUAUUCUCUAUUUAUGCCAAACAUCCCACGGAGAUGGUGGCGAUGGCGUAUAAUCCUUCCCUGGGCAUCUGGCAUACUGUCCCUGUUCCCCAGUAUCUCUCCAAGAUGUACACCUUGGCUUCCGCCGGGGGACUUCUAUGUUCUGCGGCAUAUCCUAAUCGCCUUGCUGUUGUGUGCGUUUGCAACCCUCUGACUACGCAGUGGAAAGAUUUACCCAGCAUGCUCUACAUAAAGCGUGUGCAUUUGCUUGGUAUGGUGGUGGACAAAGUCACAAGGGAGUACAAGAUUGUCGUUGUUGGCACACAGUCUAGGCAAGAUCUGGUAUCCAACACGGAGGUUUAUGAUUCCGCAACUGGAACCUGGGAAAUCACAGGCAGGGCUUUGGGUUCUUUUACUAGCCACCGUUUGGUUUAUUGCAACGGACUAUUUUAUAAUCUUUCUGCAACAAGGGGAUGGCCUGUAACAUUGAUUCUCCAUGCGUAUGACAUCGAGUCACAGAUCUGGAGGGAGGAGAUCCGGUCUGCCAUGCUGUUGAAUUUCCAGGCGCCUCCUUCGCUGGUGGAGUGUCAAGGCUCUCUUUUAAUUGUUGGGAGAAUAUCAGAAGACAGCCAUUUCGCCAAACCUAAAGCUAUUCGACUUUGGGAGCUUAAGGAGAAAGAGACUGGUGGGGAGUGGAUAGAGGUUGUUACCAUGCCACCGGCACUCUUAGAGGAGUUUUGUAAGGAGUGGACGCGUCCCACUCAUUUCCGUUGUCGAGGGUUGGGGAGCGUUAUUUAUUUCCUGAGCUCACGGGCACUCAUGUACGAUUUGUCCCAGAAAGUUUGGCAGUGGCUCCCCAGUGGCCCUGGAUAUCAUUAUGACCACGUAUUACCGUUUGAGCCAAGACUGGAUGUAGUUGUCUAAAAAUCCACUUUCGUAUCUAUUUCCAAGGGUGGCACAAAGUUUCUCGACUUCUUUGCAUGAAGAUUUUUGGUUGAUUUCGGCUUUAAAUUGGUCAAACACAAGAUAUUGCCGAGUAGCUGUGGCAUUUUUGCGUCAGGAAAGAUAGAACCGUUCCAGAUUUAAAGGCUUCUCUCUAUUAAGGAUAAUGGAGCACAUUGCUUCCCAGUUCAAGAAUCUUUAGUUUGUGGCAAGAGCAGCAGAGUGACCAGCAGUGCAAAUUCGAUGUCACAUCAAUAUGAGGAUUCUCCAGUAAGAGCAGAUUUUGCAAUUUGGAGUCCCUGUAUGGAUGAAUCGCAACUUGUUUAUUUGGAAGCAGAGAGUUGAUCUACCUCUAAGGGUGCAAGCUUGGGCAUCAGUAGUGCCCGAUUAUGCUUUUUGGCUUGAUGGUCGCACUGAGUUGCCCGUUAUGUUUACUAGGUCAGACUUUCGUCUGCAGUAAGCAGCUUUAUGUAUGCCGGAUGUCUAAGCAUCCAAAAUGUGCGUGGUUUGAGUGUAGAAGGUGCACUUUUACAGAAGUUGCCCUUUUGGGUUUGUAUUUGGUUUCAGUUGUUUUAGAGCUUGCCAUUGUGGAAAAUGAGCAAUUGGCAGUGUUUUUGACGGUUUUCUCACUCUACGUGAAUAACGAUCUAGUUUCUUGCAUUUGCUUUGAAAUCAA